UGUCAUUGUUUCUUUGCAACUGACCUCGAAGUGCUCCAAGACUCCAAGUACUACUAGAAAGAUAAAUCGUAGAUUUUUCUCUGAACACACCUUCCAGCUUAUCCAAUGUGGAAUUUAUGUUUUUGUUUUUCAGAUUGUCAAAAUUCUGUAUACUCUUCGGCCUCUACCGUGAAGCAAAAGAUAGUUAUAAAGGUGCAAUUUAGCUCUGAGAAACGCAAAACUGAGGCCUUCAAGACUGCCGCCGGCUUUAAAGGUGUGAGCAAUGUGUCUAUAGAAGCAGACAAAGACCAAGUUGUUGUGAUCGGAGUCGGAAUUGAUUCGGUUUGCUUGGCCAAAUCGUUGAGGAAGAAACUCAGCUACGCCCAAAUAGUAAGUGUUGAAGAAGCGAAGAAGCCCGAAGAAAAGAAGCCACAAGUUGAAACAGUUAGCUAUGUUCAAUAUCCGUUGCACUGUGAUGUUGUCUACUGGUGAUCGAACUUGAGCACUUUUAGCAACGUUCAAUUUAUCUCCCCCGUCAAAAUACAAUAUUCUUCCAAGAACUAGUGUAUAUGUUUGGUAUUUUUUUUUUCUCUCUUUUCUUUUCACUGGCCAUAUUAUAUACAAAGCCAUAAUUAGUUAAAAUAACCGAUAAUCCUUGUUGAAGGUUUCCAUUUUUGUUGAACCCAUA